GCCAUGCAGGCCUGGGGCACCUGCUCCUCAGGACGCCCCUCCAGCUCCUCCAGGCUUCCUCGUGGUGGCCCUGGGUCUGCGGUCCACGUCGAGGCCCUUGGGGCCAUGAUGGGGCUAUGCCCAGUCCCCGAUCUGGAGGAGGAAGUGGUCCGCUAGGGAGAGGGGUCAGCAGGAGCAGGGAGGAGCCAGCCACAUGUUUAUUUGCAUUCCAGGCAUCGCGGCUACUUAGGAGCCUGGACCUUGGCCUGGCCCCAGUGCCAGCGUUUUCCCAGCCAGAAGCUCACAGGGCACCCGUCCCCGGAAGCCGGCAGCUAGGUGAGUCUGGGUGCGGUGCCCCGCCUGCAGCCAGACGGCAGAAGAGGGCCCUGUGCGUGGGGACGUGCGGCCCUGUCCCUCUGGGGGCACGCCGGCUGCCGCCGCUUCCCGGCCCUGACGAGUCCUCCCCACAGAAGCAGACAGAGGACCCUGGUCCUGAGAACUGCAAGCGGCCGGCGGGAUGACAGCGGAGCUCCGGGACGUCCUGGUGCUGCUGCCCACGCGGGAGCGGCUGCGGCUGGCCGUGGGGGUGCAGGCCACCGGGCGUGAGCUCUUCCAGCAGGUGUGCGACCUGACCGGCAUCAGGGAAGCCCACUUCUUUGGCCUCAGCGUGGUCAGAAGCGACGAGCACAUCUUCAUGGAUCUGGAGCAGAAGCUCAGCAAGUACUUCUCCAAGGACUGGAAGAGAGAGACACGCGGACCCCAGGGCUGCGGCAGGCCGGGCGCCCCCUUCGUGGCCUUCCUUGGGGUGCAGUACUACGUGGAAAACGGGAGGCUCAUCAGGGACCGCGCGGCCCGGCACCUGUACUACCACCACCUGAAGGAGCGCGUGCUGCGCUCGCAGUGCUUCCACCGCGAGGAGGCCUACUUCCUGCUGGCCGCCUACGGGCUGCAGGCCGACCUGGGCAACCACCGCCGGUUGGCGCACACCGGCCGCUACUUCCAGCCUCAGGCCUACUUCCCGCAGUGGAUCAUCGCCAAGAGGGGCAGUGCCUACGUCCUCAGACACGCGCCCGCCCUGCACCGCGAGCAGCGUGGCCUGAGCCCCCGGGAGGCCGAGCUGCGCUUCAUCCGGGAGGCCUGCCGGCUGGAGGACGUCCCCGUGCACUUCUUCAGGCUCUACAAGGAUAAGAAGGAGGACCGACCCACCGUCGUCCUGGGCCUGACGCUCAGAGGGGUGCAGGUCUUCCAGGAGGUGAACCGCACCCCACAACUGCUCUAUGACUUCCCCUGGCCCCACGUUGAGAAGCUGGCCUUUCUGGGCGAGAGGUUCGAGCUCUGGCCUCAUGGGCAGCCCGCGGCCCGGAGACUCGUGUACCACACGGGCUGCGCCUGGCGCUCCUGCCACCUGCUGCGCCUGCUCCGUACCAGCCACCAGCUGCACCUGGGCCUGCAGCAGGCACGCCAGCAGCUGCAGCGGCUCGAGGAGGCGGAAGAGAAGCAGAGCUACCGGGAGUCCUACGUCAGCGACACGCGGGAUGGCAACCGGGCCCCGGAGGCGGAGGCGGCCGACAGCGGGGACCACGCGGGGGCAGACAGACAUCCCCCGAGCCUCCGCUCGCUCCUCGGGGCUGGCAGCCGCUGCAGCUCCCACGCACCGGUCGACCCCCAGCGGGCGGGGCCCACGGAGCCCGGGGAGCUGUCCGUGGACGAGCCCGAGGGGGUCGCGGAGCUCCCCACAGAGGAGCCCCCCUACAGCCCGAGCACCAGCCGGAGCAGCCCUGGCACACUUGGCGGCGGCAGAGGUGGGCGCGCGGGGGACACCCGGGGCCAGGGGCGCGGAGCCUGCCGCCCGGCUAGACCCCAGCUGGACCACCGCUGUGGGCGCUCCUGGAGGCCAGGGCGUGCGUGACCCUGGUUCCUGGGCACUCGGUUACAUGGGAUCCCUGCACCAGGGGGCAGACAGGGAGGGGCAUGGAGGGCCGGGCUCCCUGCAGCCACGGCUGGCGGCCCCUGCCCUCCUGCAGCUGGUCCCUCCUAGGGACCCCAGCCCGGCCAGCACCCCUCGUUACAGGCCCCACCGCGGGAAGGCACUCGGCCAGCUCUCUCUCGCUGCCCCCAGGGUUAGCAGAAGCCACGUGAGGGGAGGCCGCCGAUGGAACUCCGCCAUUGUACUACCACCCAGCUUAGCGUGGUCCUGGUCCUCAGAUGCUUCCGCAGCAGGUCUGGGAGUGGGGGCCCUGAAGGGGUCACCCCAGGAAGGUUACACAGGCUCUGCCAGUCCCUGGGCGCCUGUAGCACCUUGGAGAGUGGACGUGAUGGGUGCAAGGGCCCGGCCACCCAGGUCCACCUAGAGUCACCCAAGGUUAGGCAGGGGCACCUGGCGCCACCGAGAGUCACUCAGGUCAUCUAGGGUCACCCAGCAUCAUUCAGGAUCACCCAGUGCUACCCAGGGCACCUAGGGCCAACCAGGGUCACACAGCGGGUUUGGGUCAAGCCACCCUGUCCACUUCACCUUCUGAGUGUCUGGUCCUCUGGUAAAGGACAGACUGGCCUCCAUCCCCGAGGCGUUGUCCGAGUGUGUGGUUGGUGAUCCAGCGUGAACAGUAAUGUCAAUAAUAGUAACGUGGCGUCUUCCUGGAUGUCAGAGCUUGGACAACCUCAGCAGCCAGUGUGGAAGGAUGGGCAGUGGGAACUGGCAGGAGGAGGUAGGGGUGGGGGGUCUCCUGGGGGACUGAGGGGAGGAGCCCAGGUUGCCCACAGAAACCAUCAUUUCUUAAAGGGGCUCUGACCCCUCGCAUGGGGAACACGUGUGAUAGUCUUUGGGGUCGUAGGUGACCUGCAGGCAAGGGUCCGAGGUCACAGACCGCUGCUCUGUGACCCCAGGCCUGGGAGGAGGGGGGGCGUGUGAGCCACAGACGUGCCCAGUCUGAUCUCCGAGGUGGGUCCCAGGGGUGGGCCCCCCUCUGCCGGGAGCACGGGGGUGUCCCCAGGCCCUGCUCACACCCCCUUCCCCCGCAGCCUCCCCGCAGCAGUCACUGGCUGUGGUGCAGGUCACGCUGGUCAGCAUGAGGGCCCCGAGCGCGGAGGCCACCCUGCACCAGACCCUGGAAGCCGAGGCGGCAGCUGGAUACACAGGCCAGCACAGCCGAAGCCUGGACCACACACGCCCUGCGCCCGCCCCGCGCCCGGCACCCCGCAGCCGUGCCCUCGGCCGAGCGCUGCACCCCGGGCCGAGGGGCUCUGUGAAGUCCCUGUCGCCCAGCCAGCUCCAGAAGGACCAGCUCCUGGAGGAGUUUGUGGUGUAGACACCUCCGGGGGCUGCUUCAACACCGCAGGGCUUGGUCCACUCCACCCACUCCACCCGCCUGGGGCUCUGUCCCUGCAGCGCGGUUCCGUCCACUCAGGGCUCCGCCCACCCCCUGGCUCAGUACCUCUGUCCAUCCAAGCCACCCCCCCAACGCCCCCACCUCCCCAGCCGCACUGAACGCAGCCUCUGGCGCUGCCCCCUUCACCUGCAGAGGUGUGGGCCAGCUCUGACCGCCAGGCCUGGAGGUGCCCAGCAGGCCUCACCUGCCCUGCCGUGGGGACCACGGCCAAUCUGAGCUUCUUCCAUCUGCGCCUCCAGGAGGCAGAAGCCAAAGCUUGGGGUCCGGUCCCCGCUCAGUGGGGUGUGCGCUGACUCCACCCUGCAGGGAAGGGGUCUUAGCAAGCUUCCCAGGAGCCUGGAGCUCAGGGUCACUGUCAUGGCCCCACUGGCCACAGGCUCCCCAGCCCACCCUGUCUGCAGCGCCUGCCACUCACAGUCCUGGGCCCGCUGGACAGAGGCCCAUGGGGGAGGUGUGGGCCCAGCUGCAUCGGCCCAGACCCCCGGCGGACCGCACCCUGUCCGCCAUGUGUACACAGGAGUCACUGGGCCUGGAACCAUGGGGCUGCGUGGACACUGGUCACGGGAGCUCGUGAGUCUGGUGACGGGAAGUGGGAGGGGCAGGCUCAGCCACAGUCCCCUCUGAGGGUGCGGAAGGAAUGUUCCAGAAGGAAGCCUUGAGUGUCCUCCUUUCAUGUCACAAGUCAGGCUCUGAAGGAGCUCCCCCACCACCACCUCCAGCCCCAGUGUCCGUCCAGCCCCAGGCCAUCUGGAUGUCAGGCAGCCCUAGUGUCUGGUCGGGUCAGCCCCGGUUACCACCACCCCAGGGCCCAUUUGUGGCCACCGACCCCUCCCUGCAUCAGGAGGCCAGACGGGAGGUGGGGGGAGAUGGAGCGAGACCUCUCUGAGCUUCACCACCUCUUCGCUUGGCAUCCACCAGUGGCUGAAUGCUGAGUAGAGUUUCACAGGGAUUUCUGGAAAAGCACGCUGAGAGCCUGACCCUCGCUGGAGGCUCACUGUGGGUGACUGAGAGGUGGGUGAAGCCCAGGGUCCUGCCUGGUCAGGCCCGCCCGGUGAGGGGCGCCGGGAAGGCGGGCUGUAAGUGUGCUGUCCCCGUCAGAGUCAGGGCGCUGCCCCCGGGCUGAGACACGGCCCCCACCAUCCCACCCCGAGGGCCCUGCGUGUGUGGGCCCUUCGUGAAGCCAUCCACCUGAAGGCCAGUGCAGAGGGGUUGGGCUGGGCCCAGCUGGGGCAGGGGCCAGCCUCGCACUGCUGUUCUAUUUUCCCAGACGUUCUGGUGCACGUCUUACCUGCCUCCUGACCCCAGAUGGGCCCCUGCCUCCCUUCCAGAGGCUCUGGGGGGCCGCUCUGGACAGGUGGGACUCCACGGCAAUGCCAGCCUGAGGCAGGUGACAGGCACCUGGGUGCGGGCAGUGUGGCUUAACCCACUGCAGGUCUUCCGGCCUCCCCCUUGCACCCCUCCGCCCUCUUUGGUUGCACUGACCUGUGUGGUUCCAAGCGCUGUGCCCGAGAUGGCACCAUCCCCCCAGCUCAGGAUGGAACCUGAGCCCAGAGGGCAGAGGGUGCAGCCCAGUUUUAACUGGGCCUCUGGGUCCUUUCUGUGAAAAGGAUCUUGUUUGCGCACACACUGGGCACAAAUAAAGAGCUGGAUGCUG